UAUUGCAGAUUUCCCCUCUGUAGUUGAUUUAAUUUAAGCCUUACUCUUCCUUAUUUCUCUCUAUAAUAUAAUUAAUUCCCCCAGCCUCCGCAGCCCCAUCUCCUUCUCCAUACCACCCUCCUCCAGCAAUCCCAAAUGUACUGAAUAUCCAGAAUUCCCCGAAAAUGCCGCAACCUGCUAAACCCUCCCGCAGAUUCUCCUUCUUUGGCCUCGGCUCCGCAUCCCCCGCCUCGAUCAGCAGCGGCGCAAAUCUUGAUCCGCCCCACCUGAAAUUGGAAACCGACAGAGAAGUGUACAGACCGGGAGAUCUGAUCACCAUCACUAUUGAGAUUGGAAACCCAACAAAUCUUUCUCCGCUUUUGAUCGAAAAGCUUAGCUUCGAAUGCAAAGGGAUCGAGAAAUUGGAUAGUCAGUGGUUCACCACUCCCAAGCCUACCUCUGAUUCUAAACUGCGUCGAGGCGAAUAUGUAUUCAUGGAUUGCACAACUCCAAGUAUAGUUUCAAAUCAAAUUCUCUCCACUGGGGCCACCAAAACUUAUGUGGUUCGCACCCUUCUACCAAACGUCAUACCGCCCUCAUAUAGAGGCACUACAAUUCGUUACCUGUACUACAUUAGGUCUACUCUUUCUGGAAAAUUUGUGCCUAUGGAAAACGGACCUACUCAUGGAGAGCCAAUACAAGAAUUUUCUGAGCUGGAAGCACGAGUACCAUUGCAUAUAUGGGUUACUCAGAAAAACAAUGGCCUUCUUGGUGAAGAAGGUCGCAGUGAAGGUAUUGUUCCUUUGACAACAAUCCUCUUGGAUGUAUACUGGAAAGAAAUGGAUGCUGAUUCUGAGUGGGCUAAAGUGAAUGAGGUUUUCGAUGGAGUUGAGGAAGGGUAUGAAAGUUCACGGGAUGAGAUCUCAUCUGUUUCUUCCUAUAACCCUAUGAAGGAAGACAUAAAGAGAACUUUAAGUUCAUUAUCAUUGCAGUCAUUUGCAGCAAGGUCUUCGACUAGAGGUUCUCUCUAUGUAGAAGGACGAACUAGCAUAUCCUCAAACAUGGCUCUUCCUCGCCUCUCUGUUGCUGAGGUGUUACAUGAUUCCGCUGGCGACAGCUCUCCAGCUGUACUGUCUCCAAGUCAACCGCCUAAACAUAUGAAAGCCCUCUCUGCAGAAGAUGACUCAAGAUUACCCUCUGCCUCUGGAUCUGUUGAAACUGGAGCAUGUAAUUAUGAAGGGGUUGUUAGAGGGAGAUCAUACAAUAUCAGACUGGAUGAUCAAGUUCUGCUGAGAUUUUCACCUAAGAACUCUGACUCAACUUACUACUUCAGUGAUAUGAUAGGUGGAACCCUUACUUUCUUUCAUGAAGAAGGGGCAAGGAGAUGCCUUGAGUUGUCAAUAACAUUGGAGGCAAAGGAGAGUGUAAAUAGGCGUUAUGUUCAUCCUUCUCGAAGACAUUCUCCGACUAUUACCAAGAUUCACAGCGAUCACCAUGAGGUUGUGGCAGAUUUAGUCCAAACAAGCUUUCUUUUUUCCAUUCCAAUGGAUGGGCCCAUGACUUUUUCUACCCGUUAUGUCUCUGUGCAAUGGGCUCUUAGAUUUGAAUUUCUUACAACUCCAAAGAAUGUGGAUUGGACAAGAUUUGAGCAUCCUCUUUUGGUCGAGGGAAGGGACAAAUGCGAGUGGGUUCUUCCAAUUACUGUACAUGCACCUCCUUUAGGGGCAGCCGCUGCUCAAACUCGAAAUGAGAAGUUAUUCUCUUUGGAACCCUUGUGGGUUCGUACUUGAAGGUUUUUCUACUUAUGGCAAGAUGUCGCAACUGCUUCAAGAUGGAAGAUGCUAAUAUUGGAGUUAAAACCUUGACGAGUUGGAUUUUUUGUUGCUAUUGGUUUCUCUUAAGGAUCAUGCGAUGAAAUGCACCCACUGUUCAUAUAUCAUGCUGCUGAUCUUUUUAGACACAGACCAAACCACUGGCCAAGAGGCCCUUUCCAUAUUGUUGUAAUAUAAGAGGCUGGACUUCAACAUUUUGACAAUAGCAGAAGAUUAUUCCUAUUCCCUUCACAUUCGAGGGCCUGUGCGAUGUGGUACAUGCAUAUUCCUUUCCAGUUUCUUGAAAACUUUCUAUUUCUUCCCUAGUCGUACACUUGGAAUUUGAUUAUAAUUUUGCUCAUAUAUCCGCAAGAUAUACAUUGCUUGGUAUUGGUGUAUA